AAUACUGACUGUUGCUGAUGUGGUCUGUUCGUUGCCAGCUUACACACGCACAUACUCUCUCGUAUAUUCUUCGGAUUUUGGCACCAUAACGGCACGAAAGAGCAAUCGAUGCAACUCUAAUAUGAUACAUACCUCCAUCUGAUCGCGAUCCCAUCCACCAUGUCCGUCACCGCCCAAACCUCUCCUCCCUCCACGGCGACAACCACCACCACGACCACUACCCCCCCAACGCAAAUCCGCAUCCUCACCCUCAACUGCUGGGGUCUAAAAUACAUUUCCAAACUGCGCCAUGAGCGCCUCACCGAGAUCGGCCGGCGGCUCGCGAUCGCCUCCCCACCGCCAGAGAUCGUGGGACUCCAAGAAUGCUGGACGCAGGCCGACUACGAGAGCAUCCGAGAGCAGACGCGACACAUCCUGCCAUACGGGAAGUUUUACUUCGGAGGCAUCUGGGGGGCGGGACUAGCGAUCCUAUCGCGGUGGCCGAUCGAGGAGAGCAGCAUGGUGGGGUAUCCGCUGAACGGGCGGCCGACGGCAUUCUUCCGGGGGGACUGGUACGUGGGGAAGGGGGUAGCGAGCGCGCGGGUGCGGCUGGGGGCGGGGGCGCACGACGUGGCGGAGGUGUUCUGCACGCAUUUGCACGCGCCGUACGAGCGCGAGCCCAACGACUCGUACAUCUGCCACCGCACGGCGCAGGCGUGGGAGAUCGCCAAGCUGAUGCGCGGCGCCGCGGAGCGCGGGCAUCUCGUCAUCGGGCUCGGCGACUUCAACAUGCUGCCGGCCUCGUUCGCGCACCAGCUCAUCCAGGCCCAUAGCCCCGUCCGCGACGCCUGGCAGGUCAUCCAUCCGGACUCCUCCGUCGGCGCCGCCAUCGACCCCGUCGAGCAGCGCCGCGGGAAACCCGUCCCCUCUGCUGAGUUCAACCUCCGCGUCAACGGCGCCACCUGCGACGGCCGCUUCAAUACCUGGCGCUGGAGCAAAGAGGACCAGAAGCGUCUCCUCCGCCGCGGCAAGGAUAUCGCCGUCGAUGGCGAUGCCCCCUGUCCCCGGGGCAAGCGCCUGGAUUAUAUCUUCGUCGGCGACGGCGGCUACCGUGCCCCCCACAAGUGGUCCGUUCAGUCUGUCCAGCUCAGCAUGACUGAGCGCCAUCCCACGCUGCGCUGCUCGCUGAGUGACCAUUUCGCUGUAGAGGCGGUCAUCACGCGGUCGUUGGUGGAGCAUGUGUCCAAGAUUGAGACGGAGGGGGAUCAUGCAAGCACCGCUGCGGGGGCUGCGGGUGGGGAUAAUGAAAAUGAUGAUCGUGCUACCCUCGCUCCCAAUACCGCCUUGACACCAGAGACCUACGAUAAGAUCAUCGAGAUGAUUCACAAGUAUGUACGACGGGAACGUUCGCAGCGCCGCUGGCGGCUUGCGCAUUUCAUCGCGUCCGUGUUUGUGUCGAUUGGCUGUAUGGUGGGCGUCUGGUGGACGGGCGACCAUCUGCCCUAUGUGGCCUUCAUCUUGCUCUUCGUGAGCACGCUGAACUUUGGCGCGGGGAUCCUGGAUGGCUUGAUCGGGGGUCUGUUUAUGUCCAGCGAGCUGCGAGCGCUGAAGGAAUUUGAGUGGGAGGUUCGCAAUGCGAGGCAGAUUGCGGAGGCGGCUGGCGGGGGUGGGGGGCAGUCGAAGAUGGUAGAAUGAUCCUCUCUUGUGUCUGUGUAUGGC